AUGAAACAUAAGCUGGGAGUUGAUCUUGUGGCGAGUGAGAAGUUCGUAGGCGACUUGCCGGUGAACGUGGUGGGACAAACGUCAAAGACAACACCUCGUAAAGAAUCUAUGACACCAAAAAUCAUCGUGUGCCCUCCAGUAGAAGAAACAACAGAGCCUACCACUCCGGCUCGAGGGACAAGUUUGCUAAAAGCUCUUAGCAAACGUCUUACUCGACGAUCCACGGACGCUGAUUCAUUAGGAAGCUCUAGUAGCAACGACAGCAUGUCUUGCGAAACUGCCCGCACGGACGACAGGUCCUCUUGCUCGGCGAGUGACUCCAGCAGUGAUAGCUCGGAGCGUCAUCGUCGUCACCGCUCUAUUGCCUCAUUGCGACGUGUAUUCCAAAAUUUAAAUUUAACUCGCUCACAAUCUUGUUCACCUACUGAGAGACAACGGCAACCCAAGAAACAACCUCAACCAAAACGCAUUCUUCGGCCACCUGUAACCUACACAUAUGUUCGAGGUUUAUCCGGCUUGCCAACUCAAAGAGUGCCCCGACACACAGUCUGCUGUGCUCCUUUAGGCUUAAACCGA